CUCGCUUGCUUCCAUCAUCUUUUAGGCCGGUUCCUUGCCAUUUCGCCUUUUUACCCUUGCUUUUUAAUCACUGCCUGCUCUCGUCCUAUACUGCGUUUACGCACUUGAUCGACGUGAGCAAUCCAUUCGACACACCAACCCACACACAAACCUGCUUGCCUGAUGAUCAGCCCUUGGUUGGAUUCAACGACCCUUUCGACCAGUUUGCCUCCUCCUCCUCUUCUAUUUGCCCGCCCUCCACUUCUCUCUCCUUGGGCCCGGCUUUUCCCACCGUCCCCGCCGCCUCGAUGUUUCUGACCGCGACAGAGCCAAGAGGCCGCCUCGAAAAGUUGCAGCAGCACAAAAAGCCUCCGGUACCAUCGCCCUCCUCGCGAGGGCCGGUAGAGCAGCAGGUCAGCGUCGAUUUGAUCUCCUUCGACGCUGGCGACCAGAUCUCAUCCGACCUGUCCGGUGGGCAGGACGAAAAGCGCCAUCUGCAUGAGAUCGAGGCGAUCGCCCGCCUCGAUUAUCUCUCCGUAUCGCCGCCGUCAGUGCAGUGCUCGUCCCCACCGACUCCACACUUUGCUCCGGCUGAGCCACAACAGCCUACAACCUCCUCCUCGCCUAACCACGGCCUGAUUGUGGCCGGUAUGGAGCCGAUGAGGCACCAAAAGGAGCGGACAAAAGAGCGUCCUGAGGCAAAGAACAAACGGACUAGCCGAAGGAAGAGAGAAGACGAAGUUGUCCUGGCUACAGAUGCGACGCCGGGCGAUAGCGACUAUCCGGUAAACCUAUAUAGG